CAGAUUCCAUGAGAGAGGGAAAAAGAAAAUUGAAACAGGAAAAAGAAAAAGUUUCCUUUCCUCGUUGGAAUUGCUAGAGAGAGAGGCAAUCAUAAGUUAAAGAAAGAACGUUUAUAUCUAACAAAACCAGUUCAACUAGCCGAGGGAUCUCUCCCUCUCUCACCUACGCACAGAGAGAGCAAUGGCUUCCUCUCCCUCUUUACUCUUUGCGGCCGCCGUAAUCACCCUCACUUUGCUCUUCGCAUAUUCCGUCAAAUUACCAUUUCACCCUCGGGACGUCCUCCCUAUCUUGCCCAGACAGGUUUCAUGGCCAAUCCUCAACUCUCUGCACAGUGCGGUCGAUCUCUUGCCCACUUUCGUGGGGUCAGCUUCGUCCCCAAAAGACAGUUUGGAGUGGAAAGGUGCGUGCUUUUACCAGAACACAGCUUGGAUGGAGUUCCACAACAAGCGUGGCAGCGAAUUUGGUGGCGGAACUCUUCAUAUCAAGGUUAAUAAGGCUCAAAGUUGGACAUGUAUGGAUAUUUAUGUCUUUGCGACUCCAUACACUGUCACUUGGGAUUACUAUUUCCUGUCUGGGGAGCAUACACUUGAGUUUAAAGAGUGGCAAGGAAAAGCCGAGUUUGAAUAUGUGAAAAGCAGGGGAGUUUCUAUUUUCCUCAUGCAAGCAGGGAUGCUAGGCACCUUUCAAGCAUUGUGGGAUGUCUUUCCCUUGUUUACAAAUACUGAAUGGGGUGAGAACUCUAAUAUUGGGUUUCUUAAGAAGCACAUGGGUGCUUCCUUUGAUCAACGUCCUCAACCUUGGGUCACAAAUAUUAGCGUAGAUGAUAUUCACUCUGGAGAUUUCCUAGCAAUAUCUAAGAUUCGUGGGUGGUGGGGUGGAUUUGAAACACUAGCGAAGUGGGUCAGUGGAGCUUAUGCUGGUCAUUCUGCUGUUUGUUUAAGGGAUUAUGAAGGAAAUCUUUGGGUUGGUGAAUCAGGAUAUGAAAACGAGAAGGGAGAAAGUAUCAUUGCUGUGCUGCCAUGGGAUGAGUGGUGGGAGUUUGAGCUGAAUAAAGAUGAUUCCAAUCCCCAUAUUGCAUUGCUUCCCUUGCAUCCUGAUAUACGAGCAAAGUUUAGUGAGACUGCUGCCUGGGAGUAUGCAAGGAGCAUGGAAGGCCAGUCAUUUGGUUAUCAUAACGUGAUAUUCAGCUGGAUAGAUACUAUAAAAGACAACUAUCCACCCCCUGUGGAUGCUCACAUGGUUGCUUCUGUUAUGACAGUUUGGAAUAACAUACAGCCUGCAUAUGCUGCGAACAUGUGGAAUGAAGCCUUGAACAAGAGACUUGGAACACAGAACCUUAGUCUUCCAGAGAUUCUAGUUGAAGUUGAAAAGAGAGGAUCAUCUUUUGACGAACUGCUGACACUUCCCGAACAGGAUUAUUGGCUAUACAGUGAUGGGAAGUCAACAUCGAGUGUGGCCUUCAUUCUUGAAAUGUAUAAACAGGCAGGACUGUUUGAUCCAAUUGCUAGCUCUAUCCAAGUCACUGAAUUUACGAUAAAAGAUGCUUACAUGCUGAAAUUCUUUGAAAAUAAUUCAUGCCGCCUGCCAAAGUGGUGCAAUGACGGGGACACCGUGAAGCUUCCUUUCUGUCAGAUUAAAGGGAAGUAUCGAAUGGAACUACCUGAAUACAACAGCAUGGAACCAUACUCCCAUAUGAAUGAAAGGUGCGAAUCACUGCCCCAAAAGUACUCCAGAUCACGGAAUUGCUAAGUCCUCAAUUCAUUGCUCUUACAAAUUUGUUAGGCCUAUGGUUGAUGUCAUACCAGUUUCUUCUGCUUUUAGUGUAGUUCUAUUGUUGGAUACAAAUGAAUGAAAGAUGGCGAAGCUGUAAAUAUUUUUGGUGGUCAGGUACGAAAGGAGGGCAGUGUUAGUGUUUCAAUUGUUGUACAAUGUGCAUGAUAAAAGGAAUAUGAAUUGUAAUGCAUGUCUUUCUUUUCCACAAUGUAUUUUUUUUCUUAUUCUUUUAUAAUGUCAUUCCAAAUUGAUUGAAGUGUUCCCUAGUCUCAGAAAGGAGUUGGGAACAACAUAUUAGUUUUUUUAUGUUCACAU